UUGUGUUCCUCAGACAAUAUCGCGGCCGAGCUGGAGUCUAGUCUGGGUCAGCUGGAGGAGAUCACAGGCUAUCUGAGCAUCCGCAGAGCCCACGCUCUCGUCUCGCUCUCCUUCCUCCGCAAGCUACGUGUCAUUCGCGGAGGAACGCUGGAAGCCGAGAACUAUUCUUUCUAUGCCUUGGACAACCUGAACUUGCGACAGCUGUGGGACUGGAACAAACACAACCUCACCAUCCUCAACGGCAAGAUGUACUUUGUCCAAAACAGCAAGCUCUGUAAGUCUGAGAUCCUCCGGAUGGAAGAAGUGACCGGGACCAAGGACAGGAAGAACGACAUCAGCAUCCCAGCGUAUGCAGACCAGACCUACUGUGAAAACCAAGUUCUUAAAUUUACGCAAAUCCGCACGAUCCACAACAAGAUCUUCAUUAAGUGGAAAGCGUUCUGGCCCUCGGACUUCAGAGACCUGCUGGGAUUCAUGGUCUUAUACAAGGAAGCUCCUUAUAAGAACGUGACUGAAUAUGACGGGCAGGAUGCCUGUGGCUCUAACAGCUGGGCGAUCGCAGACGUGGAGCCUCCUGAACGCGGCUCCGAGGGCAAAGGCCAGAGCGAGCCGGGUCUCCUCAUCAUGCCUCUGAAGCCCUGGACCCAGUACGCCAUCAUGGUCAAAGCCCAGCUCGCCGCCUCUGACGACCACCUCGUCCGCGGGGCCAAGAGCGAGAUCAUCUACGUCCGCACCAACGCCACCCGACCCUCGGUACCUCUGGACCCCAUUUCCUGGUCCAACUCCUCCUCCGAGAUCAUUCUCAAGUGGAAACUGCCCUCCGACCCCAACGGCAAUAUCACCCACUACUUCGUCUACUGCCAGAAGCAGGAAGAGGAUAUCACGUACUACAAGUUCGACUACUGCCAGCAAGGGAUGAAGGUGCCAUCCCAUACGCCGACACACCACGACAUCGAAGAAGACCAGAAGUGGAACCAAACGGACGUGCCCGACCAGAAGGGCCGCUGCUGUGCCUGUCCUAAAACAGAGACGCAGCUGAAGAAAGAGGCCGAAGAGACUGAGUUCCGCAAGACCUUUGAGAACUACCUCCAUAAUGAAGUGUUUGAACCCAGACCCCACCGACGGCGGCGCUCAGUUGGUGUGGCCAAUGCGACUUUGCCGAAUUUUGUGAGCACAUCGUCCAGCCUGCCCAACUUUUCCACCACUUCGAGCCCAGAGAAGGAAAAGAGUCAGAAGAUGGUGUUCAAAGCCAACUCCAAAGAGUUCAUGGUCAUCCCCAACCUGGUCCACUUCACCAGCUACCAGAUCGAGAUCCAGGCCUGCAACCAUCCCACGGAUCCAAACCGCUGCAGCAUGCCGACAUACGUCAACGCCCGCACGCUGCCUGAACUAAAAGCUGACAACAUUGUCGGGCCAGUGACUCACGAAUUUUUUCCCGAUGAACCGGAAUUUGUCUACAUCAAAUGGCAGGAGCCGAAAGCGCCCAAUGGCAUGAUCAUACUGUAUGAAGUCAAAUACAUGAGGAUGUCGGAUAACUAUGAGGAUCAAGUCUGUGUGUCCAGAAUCACUUAUGAAAAAAAUCAUGGCUAUCGAUUACGAGUAGGGCAUCCUGGGAAUUACAGUGUGAGAAUACGUGCCACUUCACUGGCCAGCAACGGUUCCUGGACAGAGCCUGCAUACUUUUUUGUUCAAGACAGGGAUAUGAACAUGAAAAUCAUCAUUGGCCCACUCAUCUGCUUCAUUGUACUGCUGUUUCUGGCCAGCACAGUCUUCAUUGUCCUUAGGAAGAAACAAACUGAAGGACCGACUGGCCCACUGAUUGCUUCCUCAAACCCAGAAUAUAUAAGUGCAAAUGAUGUGUACAUCCCAGACGAAUGGGAGGUGCCUCGGGAGAAGAUCAGUGUUAUGAGAGAGCUCGGUCAGGGAUCAUUCGGAAUGGUGUAUGAAGGCAUCGCUAAAGACAUUGUGAAGGGCGAACCAGAGACGCGAGUGGCUGUUAAAACCGUCAACGAGUCGGCGAGCCUGCGUGAGAGAAUCGAGUUCCUCAAUGAGGCUUCGGUCAUGAAAGCUUUUACCUGCCAUCACGUGGUCCGCUUGCUCGGUGUGGUAUCUAAGGGGCAACCGACAUUGGUCGUCAUGGAACUGAUGACACACGGAGAUCUGAAAAGCUACCUGCGUAGCUUGAGACCUGAUUCUGAGAAUAACCCAGGUCGUCCACCACCAACCCUGAAGGAGAUGAUCCAAAUGGCAGCGGAGAUAGCAGAUGGCAUGGCAUACCUCAACGCUAAGAAGUUCGUCCACAGAGACCUUGCUGCCAGAAACUGCAUGGUGGCUGAAGAUCUCACUGUGAAAAUUGGAGAUUUUGGUAUGACGCGAGACAUCUAUGAGACUGAUUACUAUCGCAAGGGCGGGAAGGGCUUAUUGCCUGUCAGAUGGAUGGCACCAGAGUCCCUAAAAGAUGGCAUUUUCACCGCUCACUCGGAUUGCUGGUCUUUUGGAGUGGUAUUAUGGGAGAUCAGCACACUUGCUGAGCAGCCUUACCAAGGACUGUCCAAUGAGCAAGUGCUCAAGUUUGUCAUGGAUGGAGGAUACCUGGACAGGCCAGAUAACUGUCCAGAGAGAAUGCACAACCUCAUGCAGAUGUGUUGGCAGUACAACCCGAAGAUGCGGCCCACUUUCCUUGAGAUCAUCGAGAUGAUCAAGGAGGACCUGCAUCCCACUUUCCAAGAGGUCUCCUUCUUCUACAGCGAGGAGAACAAACCGCCCGAGAGCGAGGAGUUUGACAUGGACUUCGAGAACAUGGAGAGCAUACCACUGGACCCCUCAUCCUAUUCCCAGCGUGAGGAGAGCCUCAGUAGAGACAACGGCCCCUCUGUGGGCCUACGGGGCAAUUACGAGGAGCACGUGCCCUACACGCAUAUGAACGGUGGAAAGAAAAAUGGCCGAAUUCUGUCUUUACCCAGAUCUAGUCCGUCCUAACAUUUGCCUCUGCUUUUUCUCUCUCAAUUUUUUAAAGUAAAGUUUUUAAAUGCAUUAUUUUUGCAGAGGCCCUUAAAGAUACAGAUCUCAGGUCUUUUUUGUUUGUCGUUGUUGUUGUUGUUAUUGUUUCCAUCUCACAGCUACACUAGUAUGGUUACAACGAAAACGGACGUUAUAUCGCCCAUCAUCUGAUGCACCAUUCGCUUUCUGACACUUUUACACUUUUGCCAAGUUGGGCAGUGGGGAAAAGCAAACUGUGAACAUGACUAAAUCAACUAGAAAAGCUGCUUCGGCUAGGUCACCUCAAAGUCCACUUCCUUCUCCUUUGGAUGCUUAUUUCCUGUCUCUCGCUCUCUCUCUUUCGUUUUUUUUCUUUUUUUUUUUUUAAGUGGAAAUCUUUUAAGAUAGUGGCCUUUUUUUAAGUGGCCUAUAAAAAGAGAAGUGUCUAUCAAUGCUUGUGUUGAUUUCUUUAGAACAACGACUUUACAGUGUGGAACUAUGGGAUGGCUUAUAUUCUUUUAGAACAAACCUUUGUUUUGUAGAGGAAUGAUUUUUAUUUUGUCCUGGAGAAUUCCUAAAUUCACUUAGAUGAUGUUCACAUGGUGUUCUGGUGAAUGAGGUUUAAUUUAUUUGCUUUCUGUUCUUUUUUUUUUCCUCUGAGCUUUUUUCUCCUGUCCUUUUUACCGGCUGAAGGAUAUUUAACAGUUAUGAAUUGGACAAAGGAGUUAAUCAGACUGACCAAUAGCUGCUGCUCUGAUAUAUAGUGGGUAUUCAAAUGUAUAUAUAUAUAGAGAGAGAAUAUUUAAAUAUUGAUUUGUAUCAGUAUUUUAAAUAUAAUAUUCACAACAUCUGAACUUUUGUACAUAAUUCUAAAGUCUUUUUCUAAUGUCUUCAUUGGCUUUGCUUAUGCAAUAUUUUUUGCAACAAUGUCUUUUCAUGAGCUGUUUUUUUUUUUUGUCUAAUGUCGCAUUAAUUAACAUGCAAGUUGACUCACAGUGAUAUUCCAGCGUACAGUGGGUAGCAUUUUUGGUUUAGCCUAAAUUCAAAUGAUCAAAAUGACAAUUUCAUUUCGGAAUAAUGAAUAAUAAUAAUAAUAAUAAUGAAAUAUUAUUAUUGUUAAUAUUAUUUAAAAAUAGAAAUAUUUGAUUGCUCAAUUCAAGGGAAUAUACGUUCCAAUUUCCUGUCAUAAAUUGGAUUUUUGUUGGACGUUCUUCAGUUAAAUUUUGGGAUUCCGAUAGCUGUUUUGGAGAAUGUUUUGGGAAUGUUUCGGAGCAUUUUCUUCCGUGGGAUAUGAAAGGUUGUUUUUGGCUCAAUUUACUAUUUACCUGAUUUUUCAGGGGGAUUUAGGAUCUUAUUGUGAGAGAUAAGCUCUACCUAGGGGAUUCUAGGUUCUUUGUUUUUUGACAGCAGAAAUAUUCGACCUGGCAAUAUUUGAAUCAGAUCAAAAAACAUUCCUGUAAUUUAGCCCCGAUCAGGCUCCGGUACCUGUUAAAGUAUCAAAAGUGAGGGUAGAUCUCGCACGGCUUCGCUUAAUAAUGGCAUUUACGCUCUAGUUCUGAGAAAGGGAAGUCUUAGAAGACCACAGGGAAAGUAAACUUCUUCCUCUGUCAGAAUGACGCCGCUUUUUCCCAAAUAAUCCUUUAAAGAAAAACAGCAGACAGCUUUCAUAGGCAGAUGCAUAAUUACAUUUUUACUGGAUCUUGCUUGUCGUCAUCAAAAAAUGUGCACAUUUCAUGUAUGUGCGUGUAUAUUUGUGCAUGUAUAUUUAUUCGUGGGUAGUUUGGGAGGGAAGCAACAGAACGAGGCUGAAAUUCACGCAAGCUUUUUUAAGUGUUUUUGCCAUUUCAUGUUUUUUUUCCCUGAUCUUUCUCGCAUUUUUGUACCGUAGGCUGAUAAAAAAAAAAAUUCCCUUUCUUGGUCCCAUUGGCUUUAUCUUAGAUGUACAUAACAGAAUCGAAGAAAUCAAACUAGCUUGUAGCUGUUUGAAAACUAUUGCAAAGAAAGUCAGUUUUUUUCCUGUAAAAUGGAGCAGACGUCAGAUUUUUUGUUUUCCUAAAUAACAAGAUUACCAUAUCUUUGAAAAGGCAAAUAUUGAUAUUUUAUUUAUUUUAUGAUCCUCAUAAUUAUGUAAAUCCCUGCUAGCUUUUAUUACAAUACUCUAAGGCGGGUAAAACUAGUCGUUUAGUUGUUUAUUUUUUGUUUAAAGAGAGAUACAGCUGGCGAGUUCGCAAACGCAGUUGGUUUAGUGCUAAUGUCUUUCUGUUGGUUGUUUGGACACAGUCUACCUCAGUAUAUUUUUAGAAAUUUUUUAGAGCCAAGUGCAUCUCUCUUUAGUUUUUCGAAUUUCUUUAACAGCAAAAACCAUGUCCGCAAUCCCAAAUUCGGCCACUAGAGGUUCUCUCUCGCAACGAUUAUGGAUCACUCCCCUUGUUCCCCUUUAUUCGAUUUUGAUUUUGGAGAAAGCUUAUAACCCAAAGAUUCACUUUAAUGGGUGACGUCUGUCUUUUGAAUCAUUUGAAAUACGCAGUGCCAGUUUCGUUGCGAAAAAUUAGAUAAAAUGAAAGUUUAUCCUGAAGUAUUACUAAAGUACAACGUUAAAAGACGCCUAUAGCAUGAAGUGUGUGGGAAAAACUGGUUUUUAUUUUACGGUACAUUGUUUGGCUCUGCUAAUCUGAAUGAGGUAUUACAGCAUUUUAUUACAUGAAGCACUUAUUUGAAUUAUACAAAAAAUUUCGUAAAGCCACUUGUCAUUAAUUCGCAAACAUUGUAUGUUUUCUGUGAUUUAAACUCAAUUUAACCUUUCAAGUCACUUCCUGAGAGACUACUGAAUCACAGUUUGUUGCGCAAAAAUGCCCACGAAACAUUAUGCGAUGCUUUUUUAUUGGCUAGUUACAAUGGGUGUACAACCAUUUGUGAUACACUUGGUGAAACAGCUCUUCUUCACUCACUGCGGUAUCUCACCAAACAAACUUUCUAAUGCCCCGAGUUCAGUAGUUUCACAUACAAAAACUUUGUACACUGUUUUUUUUUAUGGUUUGUUUGCACCAAAUGUGAUUGUCAAUGUCUUUUUUUUGUUCCAUGUGUAUUCUACUGUGAAAAAAAAAAUUCUAUCAAUGCCAUAGUUUAUAGUAAACACGGACUUCACCUGCCUCUCCUUACACAUGCGUUCAUAAAUACUCUUGCGGACAAUCCUAUGUGCCAUAGAAACGUUUUCUUUUCCUCAGGGAGAUGUGAGCGUUGGGUUUCGUUUAUCGGAGGAGCAUCAAUUUUAUCCCCUGCUAGCUUAAUCGUACGAGAAAAAUGGAUGGACAACUGCAAAAACGAUGUCUUUGGAUGCCAGUCGUCCAUCUCUAAAGCAUUUCGCAUCUUUCGUUGCCUCUCCAAUGUGUUUCGGGGAAUUAAUUGAGCGCCCCCUGGUGGAUCCAUAGUGCCUUGCACAAACCUAAGUAUCCUCCAAGCCAAACCUGGCCAACAAACUCCCUGGACCGGAUUGUUUUUCCCCCAACAUCCUCAAAAUACUGGAGCCUAUUGUACAGAUUUCUCGACAGGUUAGCACAUCUUUGGUAAAUGCUUGGCUCGGUUUUACUGUAUUGGUGUAUGUGAAUGAUAUUCUUUUAUUUUAAUUUUUAAUUAAGCUGAACUUGUCUCUUCUUGGAUAUGCUACAGCUUGCUU